AUGUCCGGCACUUUCGACAAGCUCUUCGCGAAGGGCAAGGCCAAAGUCAAGGAGUUCACGAGCCAGCCUCCAUCCCACCAGCAACAACAACAACAAGGCUACCCCGGGCAGCAGCCUCCACAGGGCUACCCGCCUCAAAACCAGGGACAGUACUCUGGCGGCCAGUAUCCGCCGCAGCAAUACCCACCGCAAUACCAGAACCAGCAGUAUCCCCCCCAGAAUCAGCAAUGGGGCGCUCCCCAGAAUCAAUGGGGUCCUCCCCAGCAGCAACAGCAGCAAUGGGGCCCGCCGCCUCCACAACAACAAUCUCUUCCGCCGCCCAUCCCCCAAGCUAGCAAACCCCACUCGCCGCAGCCUCAAGGGCCACCCAUACCUCAGAACCGCCCGCUAUCUGCGCAGCCUCCACCCCCGCAGAAUCUUCCACCCUCGCAAGGCGAACAGGUGUACUGGAAGCCUUCCUUUGACGCCGCAACGCCCGUAUCCCAAAACUUCCGGCAUGAAAUAGGGGACCAUGGCUGGGGCAACAACGAGAAGCAAAUGUACACGGACAACCCGGCUAAUUCUUUCCACCACGAUAGCCGCCUCAUAAUUCGCGCACUGGUGCAGAGCGGUAGCUACACCUCAGCGCGCCUGACGUCGCACCAAACACUGUCACGACCGCGGGGUUAUUUGACAGCGACGAUACUGCCGCCUGUCGCCGAGGGCAUAUGGCCAGCGUAUUGGAUGCUGCCGAAAGAUCCAUUCCAGUGGCCAAACGAUGGCGAGGUGGACAUCUUUGAGAGCUGGAACGGGGAUUGUGUAAACCACUCAUGCCUGCAUUGGGGCCAAUACAAUGGCGAAGACUGGAACAAACACCGCGUUAUCGAAACGCAUCUCCCAGCCAUGCCAAAACAGCCACACACCUUUGGCUUCGCCUGGAUCGAAGAGGAAGGCAUACCAGACUGGAGAGGCAGAAUGGUAUGGUACAUUGACGGCAGGCCCGUUAUGAAGGGCAAUAUUCCGCUAGGCACGAGGAGGAUGGAGGAUUUCAGGCUCAUGAUUAACAUUGCCAUGGGUGGGAACGUGUGUCAGGGCAAGUUGCCGCGCGAUGGGUAUUAUGACCUGAUUAUUAGUGACGUGAAGAUGUGUGAGGAGCCGCCACAGGGUGGGUGGCAGGGAUUUGAACAGACGUGGAGUAACACGGCAGAGGGGAAGACCAUGUAG